CGACAAUCUAUACUUCGAUACCCUCAUCUUCAUAAUUUCUAUAAAAUAAUCUGCUCUAAUUCAUUUACAUACCCAACGAACAAUCCAUAUCUCUCAUUGAACCCUCCAUACCAUCACACCAUGAGCGCAAUCGGCUCCCUCCUCUUCUGCACCGACUGCGGCAACCUCCUCCAGAACUCCUCCGCCGAUCCGACAAAUUUCUUAUUCUGCGACGUCUGCGGCGCGCGCAACAAAGAUGCCGCUCCGGGGACCGUUAUCUCCGAGUCCAAGCCCAGCGCAUUCCCCUCCUCUCUUCGCGCCAAACGAUCCGCUGUGCAGACCUUGACCGCGGAGGAUAGGAAGACGGAGGCGAUCGCCCAACAUACGUGCGCCAAGUGUGGGAGGAAGGAAAUGUACUUCUCUGCGGUGCAGUUGCGCAGUGCAGACGAAGGGAGUACGAUUUUCUACCGAUGUGUUUGUGGUUACAAGGAAACGACCAACAAUUAAACGGCCGAAAAGAAUACAAAAGAAGGGAGAACGAAAGCCAAAAGAAAGAAAGAAAAAGAAAAAGGAAACUCUAUUCUGGGUUCCGCAAU